CCCUCAUUAUCUUGCCCUUAUCCUCGGAUCAACAACACGGUGGGGUCAAUCCUCGACGAUCACGAGCGGGAUCCUGCGCCGACACCUGGGCCGAGAGGCCGUAAGACCCCUCAAAAGCCUGCCGACCCUAGCCACGAUGCUGUGGUGGUGGAGAUAGCAGGAGCAUGCCGACUCGGACAACUCGGAAAAGGGGCGCGAGUUCGGAACUCAAUGUCCGCUCUAUUAUCUAUCUUGGUUCCUGAUAGCUAUAGAUACCUGCCAGGUACCUGAACAUUUGUUGAGAAGUACCGUGAUAUCGCCACCUUGAACAUGUCAUCCGCAAAUUGGGAAGAGGUCGCCCGCAAGAAGCGCGAGGACCUAUUCGCACGCAUUCCCGCGGAUUACCGCAUUCAGAACCCCCCGCCUGAGGACCAGCUCGACGUUACAGUAUGGCCUCGGGAAUCCGGAUGGUUUUCUGAGAAAGAGUUGGAGAUAACGGAGAGUACGGCUACGUCUAUACUCCAAAAGAUUGCGACCAAGGAAUGGACGGCCGAGGAGGUUACUCGUGCAUUCUGCAAGCGCGCUGCAGCGGCGCACCAGCUGACAAACUGCCUCUCGGAAAUCUUCUUCGAGGAAGGCAUCAAGCAAGCAAAAGCCCUAGAUGAACACCUCCGAACAACCGGCCAAGUAAUCGGACCCCUCCACGGCCUCCCUAUCUCCCUCAAAGACAACUUCAACGUCGUGGGAUAUGACAGCACCCUCGGUUUCACCUCGCUCGUAGGCAAACCAGCAACCUACAAUGCCACACUCGUAGACAUGCUAGAGAGGCUCGGCGCAGUCCGCUACUGUAAAACCAACGUCCCAACCGCAAUGAUGAUUGCCGAAACAGUGAACAAUACUUUCGGCCGGACCGUGAAUCCUCGAAACCGCCUGCUCACCUCGGGCGGCUCCUCAGGCGGCGAGGCCGCCCUGAUCGUCUUCAAAGGCAGCCCCUUGGGCAUCGGGACGGACAUCGGAGGCUCCCUCCGCAUUCCAGCUGCAUGCACCGGCAUCUUCACUCUCCGCCCCUCGUUUGGUAGAUUCACGACGCAGCGAUGCAAGUCUGGUCUCGCAGGCCAGGAAGCGGUUGCGAGUGUGAAUGGGCCGAUGGCGAGGACGUUUGAGGAUAUCGUUUUCUACUCAAAGACGAUUGUCGAUGCGAAGCCGUGGCUCGUGGAUCCGAAGUGCGUUCCUAUCCCCUGGAGAACCGUGGAACCGAAGCAGAAGCUGAAGAUUGCCGUGUUGUGGAAUGAUGGGGUGGUGGUUCCGACACCUCCGGUGAUGAGGGCGAUGAAAGAGACGGUUGAGAAAUUGCGGAGCGCGGGGCAUGAGUUGGUUGAGUGGGAUCCGGUCCUGCACGUUCAAGCGCUCGAGUUUCUGGGCCGCAUGUUCGUCGCCGACGGCGGGAAGAGCGUACGAUCGCUCCUAGCACCCACACGGGAGCCCUUCCGACCGGAAAUGGCGCCCUACGAGCAGGCUCCCGAGCUAGGAACCUUCGACAUGUGGCAACUACAGCUCGCGCGUUCCGAGCUCCAGAGGCAAUAUCUGGAACAGUGGCAAUCUUACGGCGAGCUUGAUGCUAUUCUGUGCCCUACAACACCAUACGCCACGGUCGAGCACGGCAACUUCAAAUACGUCGGAUACACAGGUGUCUACAAUGUGGUGGACUACUCCGCCGUCACGUUUCCCUGCGGCAUAACUGCGGACAAGGAGAAGGACCAGUAUCCAGCAGACUACGUGCCGCUCAGCGAUUUGUGUAAACAGGUGCACGAUAACUAUAAUGCUGAGAUUGUCCAUGGCAUGCCGGUCGGUCUUCAAUUAGUCGCGAAGAGACUUGAAGAGGAGAAGGUGCUUGCCAUGACCGAGACGGUGCUGAAGGCUAUUGCCGCUAUUCAGUAGAUGAAGCGGUUUCCGUUUCUUUCCUUCUUCCGUGCGCUUUCUGGACAUGGUAUAGACUCAUGCAUUUCAGCAAGCGAGCAUUGAGCAUUGAGCAUUGAGGAGCAUAUUUCACUGGCUUUAUUGUCCAUUCGUGGCCACAUACCAGGAACUGGGCAUGUGGCCUCGAGUGUAAAUACAAUCUGCGUACCAGCGUCGUGAGACGAUGUUAGUAUACCCAGAUUUGCAGUACGUGAGAUUCGUCACCUAAGCUAUAGAUAACUCAUGGUGGUUAUUAAGAUGUGCG